AUUAACUACAACAGCUGCUGCACUGAACUCAACACGGGUAAUUAAGUAAUUAAUUCAUUAUCUGGGACAAUAGAUGCACACCAACAGGUACCAGAGGGAUAUGAACAUGAACAGGUCAUUUUAAGUAAAUUCUGAAAACUGAAUGAGAAACCACCUAACUUGUGCGGUCUACAUGAAUAUAAAAGAAUUCUUCAUCUUUCCAACAUAGUAGUGUGAUUUAAUGUACUCGUUAGCUAUUAAACAUUACUUCAGUAGCUGUACAAAAGACGUACACCUCCACUAAUGUUACACAGUACAGGACCCCCAGAAUCACACUGCUGCUGGUUUCCAACUCAGCGCAUGUACUUAAACGAAUCCUUAAACCUCACAAUUUAAAUCUGCUCAAAGGUAGGAGAUCGUGGGUUACCUGCACAAGAAGGCAACUUCCACCAUGAUUAUGAAGUAAAAACAAUUCAAGAGUUCAAAUUAAUCAUAUUAUGCUGCAGAGCUCAGUGCAUAGCGCCUAUUCUGAGCGUGAUGUGACCUAAACCUGUAAAAAACGAAAUCAGGCUGUUUCGUUCCACCUCUUAAUUACCUAAAUCAACUAUUUAGACCCAAUUAAGUGCUGGAGAUUUAAAGAGAUCUAGAGAAAAUAAGCCACACCAGCACUUCAGGGACGAUCCGAUCUGGACGAAUUAACGUGCGUAUAAUACCCGAGACAAAGGACGAUUGGGAGGGACGUCUCGCUACUUUAAGCGCCUUUCAGUAAAAAGAAAACAAGACGCUCGAAACACACGCUUCUGCGCUAUGCAAGCUCGGUGAGUUACUAGACGGUCCCUGGUUUGUCUAAACCCGCCAAAACGUUAUGUUAUGCGAACUCGUGGGUGAAAAGGGCCGGGUCAACUGGGCUGCCGGACGCGAGGUGCACGGUGCCCACAAGCAGAUUAACGACAAACUGGCCCAGGCGUGUCUCCACGCUUCUUCGUAUCGUGUGGUUCUGCAACAGCGCAGAGGCCGCAGUCCAGCGAGCUGUCCGGCAGAGAUGACGUCAGCGCUCCGUUUGCAGACCUUGUCCUUGCUGGCCCAAUUCGGAAUAGAGUGGAACCAAGAGACAGCAUCAGCAAUCCCAUUGCAUGGCUGUUGGAGCCGUUCCGGGUUUUACCAGCGACCACAGCAGAGGCUCUACUGGCUGCACUGGGAACAGACCCCUUACGUAUGGAACCAGCCUGAACGACCUGUGUCCGCAGAGGGGAAACGAGGGGCUACCAGUGAAAAGCUCUCAAGAGCAGGCAGCACCCUCUCUCUCUCCCUCCCUGCUCUGCGUGAAGCUGCGGCCCCCGUUUGGUGGUGUCUGAAGGUCUGCGCACCCACCCUCCGUGACUGUUCCUGCCUGCCAGAGUUUGUGUUGUUUUCCUUCCUGGUUUGUUUCCUCGCGGCUCAGGUUCCUGGCACCGACAGGGUCACGUGCACCGGAGUGGCGGUGUGGAGCUCUAGCCGGAGAGACGAGGGGCCGAGAGUUUUGGAACCAGCUGACGCUGUUGCGUUCGCUCGGGAACCUCGGUCCUGUACACGACGGCGAUUUCAGCCGGAGUGCUGUGUUACACCUGUUCUACCUUGUAUGUCUCGGGCCAGGAAGCAAUAGUGCUGUCCCCAAAGACUUAGUGUUUCCCUUAGGACAGACAGUUUCAAGGCUUUGGCGCAAUAAAGGAAAGUGUGCUCUGGGUGGAUUCCUAAUGAGAAAGUCCACUUCCUCCCAGAAGCCCCUCUGAGGCUAGACAAUCCACAGUGUGCACAGCACGGUCUGCAUACAAAAUGUGUGCCUUGUCUCCCCUAGAGCACGGCCUGCCCUGAGGUGAUGGAGCUGCUCUCACUACAGGCUCCUAAAUUACACGCAGCGGUGUUCUUGUCAGACAACCAAGUGCUAAACCUGUUAUGCCCUUAUAAAUUAAGAUUCAUCCCAUGCUGGAACAUAAAAGGAAAUGCACAAAAUUUGCUGCAAAAGAACUAUUUUUUCUUCUGCAAAGCCUUAUAUCGCAUGUGAGAAAAGCUGCGCCGCAGAAAGUUGUAAUAUACAUGUUGACACCCUGGCUCCUUAAGCAAUUAUGCUUAACGCAUUGGGCUUCAGACCUCUGAGCUACUGUGUUGCUGACACCCUGCCUGCUGUAAUUGCACCAUAUGAGUGAUUAUUGUUCUGCGGGGCUGCAGGGGGUGUGAGAGAUUAGCUGACUGCACUGAGGUGCAUCACCUGAGCCUGGAUUCUCGGAUUAAGGCUGUACGUACCUUUCCUGCUUCUCUCAUCACCCCCUGCGUCACACCUGGCUCAGAUACAGCUACACAACAGGCCCCCUCUCCAUCAGUUCUCUCUGUGCCUGCAGUGGGAGGACAUUGUGGGCUGCCUUAUGAAUGUGCACGAGUCUGUUGGCUCUUUCUCUUCUCUGUGAGGAAAAUACAGCCACCCACCCGAACGUGCAAAACACGAAUCUGUCCACCCUGGCAGCUCCUUCCCGAAAAUAAAGCCCCUUGUUUUGCAGCCCAGUAAACACAUGCACACAAAGACCGAGAACACAGAGACGGAUUAUUAGAAGGAGUGUGGUAUGUGCUGUUCGGCAGCAGAGCAGUGUGCAAGAGGUCGCUGGCUACUCUAAGAAGGGAACAAUGGAAAAAAAAAAACCUCCUGAUGUUCAGACUUCGACCUCUGUCUCUGAAGGAAAAACACAGGGCCUGUCCUUGUCCCUGGGACAACUCCUGGUGACCAGGAUAAGAACCAACAGGGUGUCCUGCAAAACAUGAUGUGUCCACCCAGGCUGUCCUUUUGUGAG